CGAAGAUUUGCCGUUACCCUCUACAAACAAUGCUGAAUCAAUAAAAUCUCGAAUAUUAAACAAUUUCGCCCACGCUUUGCACAUUUUUGACAAACCUCCACAUGGUUGACUCCCCCUAGGUGGGGGUAGGCUGGAGAAAAGGGGAGUUUGUCUGUUAUAAAAGUAGAUAUCAGCGCGCGAGAACUUCAAUCGCGGUCUGACGGGGUUGUAAUUCAGGGAAGCAUUUUGCUCCGAUCCACGAAUCAGCGGUACGUCAUAUAAGGGUUGAAAACUCUUUCGAAAAAAAGUGCGCGCUGUUAUUUCAAAAGUGCCGAUAAUUUCACAGCAAUAAUGCGACAAACAUCAUCAAAAUCAAUAAAAUCCGCAAAAGUAUUCUGGACGACAUUGUUAGCUUGCUGUCUUCAAGUCACAUUCAUAGAUAUAGCCCAAGCAGAAGCAUCAGCGAAUCCUAAAGUCGAUGAUGAUAGUUUUCAGAUGGACAACGAAAUGCCAAAGCGAGACUGGAACAGGAAUCUGAAUACGUGGGGAAAAAGGGGGUGGAGUAACAUACACGGAGGGUGGGCUCUAAAGCGGAGUGCACCUUCAUGGGUCGACCAGCAGAUAUACCCUUCUGUACCCAUAGCUGAAAAGAGGUCUUGGCAAAACUUCCAGGGUGGUUGGGGAAAGAGGAUGGCUCCAUCAAGUGAAGAAGAGGCGGCGAUGCAAGAAGUCGCUGCCAUGUUAGAACAGCAAGAUCCCAACAGCAUUCCCAUGGAUCCCGAAGAAGAUUUCGCGAUGAAGGAGGAGGACAAAAGAAACUGGAACAAGUUUUCUGACGGUUGGGGCAAGAGAACGAAAUGGGAAAACUUCAGAGGAUCCUGGGGAAAAAGAUCGCCGGCUUGGUCCAAUUUGAAGGGGGUGUGGGGCAAGAGGAGCGAACGGAAUAGUCCCUAAAUUAAUCUACAUCAACAAGAAAUAGGUUGUUAGCAUGGAACCGUAUCAAAUUCUUCACAACCUCGAGGGACUCUUCAAUUCGACUGAUCAUUUGAGAUUCCGAUGAAACACACC